UCCAAGAUGAGAACACAGACGAUUUUUUUACAGUGAGUUUCAAAAAGAAGAACAAAGAGUUGAUUAAGAUGAUAAAGGUUGGGGGCGUGUACAAGGUGGCGGAGGCGAUGGUGCCACUGUACGUGGCGCUGGGGCUGGGCUACGGCUCCGUGCGGUGGUGGCGCAUCAUCUCGCCGGAGCAGUGCGAGGCCAUCAACCGCCUCGUCUCCUGCAUCACGCUGCCCCUGUUCACGUUCCAGUUCACGCUGCACACGGACCCCUUCGCAAUGAACUACCGUAUGAUCGGUGCCGACGCCAUCUCGAAGGUGCUGGUGGCAGCGCUGCUGGUGGCAUGGCCGACCUGCUGGCGGCUGCACGGCCACAAGGACCGGGAAAGGCCCAGCUAUUGUUGGGCCAUCACCAGCUUCUCCUUGGCCCAGCUCACUAAUUCGCUGGUGGUGGGGGUCCCGCUGGUGGCGGCGAUGUACGGGCCGUGGGCGCAGGAUGUGGUGGUGCAGCUGUCGGUGGUGCAGGCCAUCGUGUGGCUCACGUUGCUGCUGUUUGUGUUCGAGCUCAGGAAGGCCGGGUGCGGCUUGUUCGCAGCCGCAACGGAGCCGGCGCCGCCUCUGCCGGCGUCCAAGGAUGUGGAGGGGGCCGCCGGGAAGGCAUCGGAGGUGGCGGCGGCCAGGCCGUCGUUCUGGGCGCUGAUGAAAGUGGUGUGGCUCAAACUCGCGCUGAACCCAAACUCAUACGCCAGCAUAAUUGGCAUAACGUGGGCAUUUGUCGCCAAUAGGUGGCAUUUCGAAAUGCCGAGAAUCAUGGAGGGUUCGAUAUUGAUCAUGUCCAAGGCGGGGAUGGGGAUGGCCAUGUACAGCAUGGGGUUAUUUAUGGCAUUACAAGAGAAGAUACUUGCCUGUGGACCGAGAUUGACGGCAUAUGGGAUGGUGCUAAAGUUUAUUGCGGGACCGGCAGCCAUGGCCAUCGGAUCCAUUGCUGUUGGUAUUCGCGGUGAAGUCCUACAUCUAGCGAUUAUACAGGCUGCACUACCACAGUCGAUCACUUCUUUUAUUUUUGCAAGAGAAUAUCAGUUGCAUGCUGAUGUCCUCAGCACGGCGGUAAUUUUUGGGAUGCUAGUGUCUUUGCCUAUUAUUGUGGCCUACUAUGUGAUUCUUGGAUUUUUUUAGCCAACUCGAGUUGCUUACUGAAAUCUUCUUCUCCUCCUCCAACUUCAUUAUCAUUCUCCUUUUUACUUAAAGCGGAAUGUAAUGAAGAACGUAACGUGUUGAAGUAUAUAUAUAUAUUGCUGUAAUGGAGUUUUCUAUUAAAUUAUAUAUAUAUAUAUAUAUAUAGA